CUUCAUCUCGAACCUAAUGACCACUCUCUGUACUCAUCAAAAACGGCGCCCUUUUGAUUCCUAGGGCUUCUUACAUCCAUUGAUCUGGAUUUUCCAUGUUAACAUUAAAUCAAGCACAAUAAUGGGGCUUGUAGCGUACGACAGCAGUGACGAGGAUGAGGAUGUCCAAGUUGACACCCCAACUGUGCCACAUAACACCAAGAACGACAUAUCUUCACAUGCAUCACGAAGCAAUGCCGUCGCGGACCCAUCCACAGUAACGAGAUCAUCACCAACGAGUACAAACGGUCACAACGAGAUAUCAGCGCCACAGCAACGACAACGACAACCAGCCCCCUCGCCAUCAACACCCGUAGGCCCUGUACUCGGGCCAGCUCUCGGCCCCUCAAUGCCCCCUCCUACGGGAGUCGCCUCAUCCAACACCCUCCUCCCCGAGCCCGACUCCGACAUCGACAUGUCUUUCCUCAACGACCCUUCCACUUCCUCCACCGCCUUAGCAUCUGGACCUUCAGCAGAACCCCCCAAAUCCCCUUACACCACAACCCGCACCUUGCUUCGGGACCUCACCCUCCCCGCCCUGCCAAACAUGGACAUCCCGGCCUCCCCUCCCCUUUCACCUUCUGAUAUCUCUUCGGUGGAACGGUUGUCCGCUUUAACCAGCAAAUUCGACAAGUUCCUGGAACUGAAGCGCAACAAAGGACAGCAUUUCAACUCGCGCAUCGCGCAGAGCGCUGCUACAAAGAAUCCGGGAUUGAUGGAUAAGUUGAUGAGGUUCGUGGGGGUUGAGACGGAGGUUUGGUUUGAUGAUGAUGAUGAUGAUGAUCACAACGAUGGUCACGACGGGAACCUCAAGCCCCUUGAGAGGGACGUCUCCUUGAAGGAUGGCAAUGGCACAGAAGUAGUAGCAACGCCCGCGCCGGCUGGGGCAGAGCAAUACGCCACCACCUUGUCCAAGGAGGUUUGGGAUCCGACUGCGAUGCCGGGGUGGGCGUACAGAGAUCGGCUGCGUAAGACGCAGGAGAGGAUGCAGAAGGAGAGCGAGAGGAAGAAAGGGGAGAGAGUGGAGUUUGUUAGUGGAGGAUCCACGGCGAUGACGGGUAGUGGAACAGCGAGUAGGACGGGGAGCGCGACGCCGCUGGGGAGUGUGGCCUAUCCGGGGGGGAUGAGCGGCGGGACGGGAACGAAGAUGGGGACCCCGAGUGCUGGUGCUGGUGCUGGUGCUGUUACGACGGCUGGAGUGAAGAGGAAGUCGAGGUUUGAUACGUGAUGGGGAGGGGGGGGGCUACGGAUUCGUAAUAUGUUUUCGUUGUGCCCGCGUGGAUGGUUCGAGGGAGGCUAGAGGAUCUAAAUCGGAUUAAUAAGAGUAUAUGGAGGUCCACUUCCCUGAUAGCGACGGAUCGAUCAUGCAUCAUGUUGAAACAGUCAUGUUAACUGCUGAUACCUUUUCUCACGCCCGGUCCUCGUCGUCAUAGAAGAGCGGGUUAGUUCGCGUUCGUACAAAUUUAUAUGCAUCAACCUAC